GCGGGGGCGGCAGGGCCGGUAGCGGCGGUUGGCUCCCGCAACAGCGGCGUGCGGUUCCCCGGUCCGGAGAGUAACGCAGCGAAAGGGGAGGAGGCGCUGGGAGCGGACGAGAGCCGGGAGAUCACGGCGGGAGGUUGGCCCGUAGAGCAGUUCCUACCCGUCGCGGGCAGAAGACUCCGUUCCUGCCGCGGAGACGGCGCUGGGUUUAGUGCUGGUAUUUAGAGUGCUGGCAGCGGAAUCGUAGGACCUGCCCGGGGGGGGCAGCGCCCAGCCCGGGGGGUAAAUGGCCGAAGCUCGCACUCCGGCCUUUUGCAGCACAGGCUCGGGAGUGACGGGCGCCCGGUCGGUGAGACUGGCCGGCGGCCUCGGGGAAGGGAGAUGCACUUACUCCCACCGAGUAAACCUGCGCUCGUGUGACAGCUCACCGCUACGCUCGUUUCAGAUUAAACAAAACCAAUGUAAUUAAACUUAUCUUGAAAAGAAUCAUUAUUUUGAGGUGGACGCAUAGGCUGUGACAAGAAGAAAGCGUUUCUUCCCGUAGCUUCAGGGCUAAAAAUUCUUCCAUUCUCAUCUACCUGCCAGUCUAGAGGCGAUUUACAACAGAUUUGAAAGUGUUGCUGCUUUUCUGCUCUCUUCCUGUAGAGAAGAAAGUUUACUUCUCUGGAAAAUGUUGAAGGGCUUACGCCAGCCUAAGACAUGCAGAGUCCAACAGGGUCUACCAGCAGGCCCUAACACGCUACCAUUCCCCACAGAGCAGAGCUCACCUGCCCUACCUUCAUUCCAGGUUAUUUGGGGCCCAGCGAGCUACCAACUGACAUACCUAUAUGCAGCUUCAGUAGUCCCAGCAUGCAAAAUUGCUUGGGGCCAAGCAGCUGAUGAGCAUAGCUAACAGCAUGGUAUUAGUACACAGUCAGUGUCACUUUCACAUCAGCUGCAAAGAGCACCUUCCAGAGUUGGGCUCCUUCCAGAAGAGGUACAAUGCAGUCCCAAAUUAAUAGCUUCUGGCUGGAAUGGGUUUCCUCUCCUUCUCUGGUUCUGAAAGAUCUACUAAAGCCCUCCAGCAACUUCAGCAGCAUUCAGCCUUUGUUGUGAAAAGGAUGGAACAAAUAAAGAGGGCAAAUAAACUGUUCACUAAUGACUGUAUAUUUCUGAGGAAAACCCUGAAUAUUCCUGUUGUAUCAGAGAAACCAUUACUGUUCAAUGGACUUAAUUCACUGGAGUCUCCUGAGAAUGAAACUGUUGACAGCUCCCCUUCUUGUGAUGAAGGACUAGUGACAGUUCAGGAAGAAAGUAGUUCUUCUCCCAGUCCUCAAGAGCCUGACAAUCAGCCCGCUGCACCAGAAGAACUAUCUGCCAAAGAUUUCCUACAGAGGUUGGACUUGCAGAUUAAGUUAUCCAAACAAGCAGCCAGAAAACUAAAAGAUGACAAUGUCAGAGAGGAGGAGAAUGAGGAAGGUCCCUAUGCAACUUCUUCGUAUCACCAGUAGAAGACAGAUGUGAUGGCCUGAAAAAUUUCCAUGAAAUCAGUUCUUAAAGAACUAAACGGUCAAUAGUUCAAAACCCAAGUCUUUUGGACUCAUCAUCUUGAUGUACUUAAAACAAGUCACGAAUGGGUAAUUGCACUGAAAUUAUGACCUCUUCUGCCUUCCAUAGGUUAAUGUCCUUAUGCUAUAUCAACAAAGGGUUUAAGCCUUCCAAAACUAGCAAUGGCCUUUAUACCCCUUCUGUGCAAACUGUAGCAUGGUAGCAACAAUAUAUCCUUGAGGUCACCUUUAUGCAGGAUGUUGAUCUUUAGUAAAGAUUUUGUAAAUACUUGUUAAAGUGAAAUUUGUUUUAAGUAUUUAAAAAUAUUAAAUAAGUUUGCUUGUAAAUGACAAACUAUGAAAACAAUAGAAAUUUACUUAUUCUGCAAGCACAGGCAAGUUUGCUGUGGAAAUUUUGUCUACUUCAGAGCUGCAGAACUUGCCUCUGAACUCUGUGUGUGUCUAUGUGUGAUUAUGAUAUAUUCCCAGAAAGGGGAAUUCGACUUGUUUUGAUGAGUUAAAGCCUUUACGGUUAAACAACUGUUUGCAAAUUGGAUUUCUGCUAAUAAAAGCGAAGAGUUACAGCAAGAGAUUUUUCUUUGUGAGAUACGACAUUGGAAUAUCAGAUGUGUGUUCUUGUGUACAGUUAUAUAUUUUGUGUGGUUUUAAUUUAAUAAAUACAAAAA